UUUCAUUUCUCUCUAUAAUAACAAGAAUCUCCCAAACCAUAGUUUCUCCCUCAAAAUUAAAAAAACAGAGCCAUGGCUUCUUCUACUUCCCUCACUCUGUCUCAAGCCGCCUUAGUCCGCCGCCAUGGCUCCACCACCACCGCCGCUGCAACCCAGCAACCAACUUCCAUUUCAACUCUAUCUAUGCCCACUUUCUCCGGCCUAAAGUCUUCCACCACAUCAUCCUCACGCGCCGCUACACGUUCACAAAUACCAUCCACUCGUGGUCGCGUGGUACCCACGCGCCUCCGUGUGAUCACCAACGCCGCCGUGGAAACGAUAGAGAAGACCGAAACUGCUUUGGUUGACAAGUCAGUGAACACUAUCAGGUUCUUGGCUAUUGAUGCUGUUGAAAAAGCUAAUUCGGGUCAUCCGGGUCUGCCCAUGGGCUGUGCACCAAUGGGUCAUAUCUUGUAUGAUGAGGUUAUGAGAUAUAACCCGAAAAACCCAUAUUGGUUUAACAGAGAUCGCUUUGUUUUGUCCGCCGGACAUGGGUGUAUGUUACAGUAUGCUCUGCUUCAUCUUGCUGGUUAUGAUUCUGUCCUUGAAGAGGACUUGAAGCAAUUUCGUCAAUGGGGAAGCAAAACUCCUGGCCAUCCUGAGAACUUCGAAACUCCUGGGAUCGAAGUCACCACUGGUCCUCUUGGUCAAGGAAUUGCCAAUGCUGUUGGUCUUGCUGUUGCUGAGAAGCAUUUAGCUGCACGUUAUAACAAACCUGAUGCUGAGAUUGUUGACCACUACACAUACUGUAUUCUUGGUGAUGGUUGUCAAAUGGAAGGGAUUGCAAAUGAAGCUUGUUCACUUGCUGGCCAUUGGGGACUCGGAAAGUUGAUUGCUUUCUAUGAUGACAACCACAUCUCUAUUGAUGGUGACACUGAGAUCGCAUUCACCGAGAAUGUUGACAAACGUUUUGAGGCUCUUGGGUGGCAUAUCAUAUGGGUGAAGAACGGUAACACCGGUUAUGAUGAGAUCCGUGCUGCCAUCAAAGAAGCUAAAUCUGUGACUGAUAAGCCUACUUUGAUUAAGGUGACAACAACAAUCGGUUUUGGAUCACCAAACAAGGCUAACUCAUACAGUGUCCAUGGAGCAGCUUUGGGAGCAAAAGAAGUAGAUGCAACCAGACAAAACCUUGGAUGGCCUUAUGAGCCAUUCCAUGUUCCAGAGGAUGUAAAGAAGCACUGGAGCCGCCAUACCCCCGAGGGUGCAGCUCUUGAAGCCGAAUGGAAUGCUAAAUUCGCAGAGUAUGAGAAGAAGUAUGCGGCAGAAGCUGCGGAGUUGAAGUCUAUUGCUGAUGGUGUAUUACCCGCUGGAUGGGAGAAGGCUCUUCCUACAUACACCCCAGAAACUCCUGGUGAUGCCACAAGAAAUCUUUCACAGACAAUGCUUAACGCAUUGGCACCGGUUCUCCCCGGUCUUGUUGGUGGAAGUGCUGAUCUUGCUUCAUCAAACAUGACCCUAAUGAAAAUGUUCGGUGAUUUCCAAAAAGCCACCCCUGAAGAACGCAACAUCCGGUUUGGUGUCCGUGAACACGGUAUGGGAGCCAUAUGCAACGGGAUUGCGCUUCACAGCCCCGGGUUCGUCCCUUACUGUGCAACAUUCUUUGUCUUCACUGAUUACAUGAGAGGUGCAAUGAGAAUCUCGGCUUUAUCGGAAGCUGGAGUCAUCUAUGUCAUGACCCAUGACUCCAUUGGUCUAGGAGAAGAUGGGCCAACCCAUCAACCUAUUGAACAUUUAGCUAGUUUCCGAGCCAUGCCCAAUAUCUUAAUGUUCCGUCCAGCUGAUGGAAAUGAGACAGCCGGAGCUUACAAGGUUGCAGUUGAAAGCAGAAAACGACCCUCAAUUCUUGCUCUUUCUAGGCAAAAACUUCCCAACCUGGCUGGAACUUCAAUUGAAGGAACCGCAAAAGGUGGGUACACGAUAUCUGACAACUCAACAGGUAACAAGCCCGAUGUUAUCUUGGUUGGUACCGGUUCCGAGCUUGAAAUUGCAGCUAAAGCUGCUGAUGAACUCAGAAAGGAAGGGAAAACAGUUCGUGUCGUGUCCUUUGUUUCAUGGGAGCUUUUUGAUGAACAAUCUGAUGAAUACAAGGAAAGUGUACUUCCAUCAGCUGUAACAGCCCGUGUUAGCAUUGAAGCUGGAUCGACUUUUGGAUGGGGAAAAAUUGUCGGAAGCAAAGGCAAGGCCAUCGGGAUUGACAAAUGGGGUUCCAGUGCACCAGCAGGAAAGAUUUACAAAGAGUACGGUAUAACUGCUGAAGCUGUGAUUGCAGCAGCUAAAGAAGUUCUUUAGAUUGGUGUAAACCCGACAUCUUUUUCUGGGCUAAGGGAACUUACAAAAGCACAACUGUUAGUUUUCGGUGUCUUGUUUCAUAAUGCUCGGAUAAACAAUAAAGGUCGGUUUUUUAGUCUUUGAUGCUUUUCAUCGGAACACCUUACCUGCAAAUUAGACGAAGAUAAGAAGAGACUGUUUACAUGUUGAAGGAUUAAAUCUCACGAAUUUGUACCAAAAUUGAAACAUAUUUUUCUCCCAAGUUUUGUGAUUCUAUAUGUUUGAUUAUCAUUGAGGUGUUCUUUUGAGUAAUGUACAAUUUUUAAACCGCAUAAUUACAAGUUAUCUUUACAUAA